AUGCAGGACGACAAGAUCGUCUCAGCCGUUAAUCAGGUUGUCGAGCUUUGCAGCAAAAUGGAGCUCAGACCUACUCCAUUGGCAACGACGUUACACAACUCAGUUCCGUUUUUGCAGAGUACACUCCUGUCUGUAAUCCACCGUCUCCCCAUGGGAAGCUGUCAAGAUUACGCACAAUACGGUUUAUUGCGUUGGGCCAAUAUCCAUAUGGAUAGUACGGCCCAACUUGCCAAACGUCGUGCUCGACGCCGGUUCUCUCUCGCUAUUCGGUCGUUGGCAAAAUAUUUUAUGCAAACUUUCUACAGCAAAUCCAUCAUUACCGUAGAAAUUGAA